CAUGCACGCACUCUCCUGCGCGUCAGCUCCCGCGAUAGAGGCGGACGGGUAGGGGAGGUGGCCCCGGUGGUUUGUUCCGCUGUGUGGCGGGGCGAUGGGGAGGCGUUGGGCCGGGGCUGAGGUAGGAAGGAGCCCGUCCCUCGACGCCUCCCGCCACGCUAGCCCCUGAGCCGUGAUGCGAGCGUGGGUCCUACUCUUCGCGGUGCUCUGGUACCUCACAGGAGUUGGACGGCAGCGUUACUCCGAACGCACUAAGAAAGGCUUCAUUUAUGGCAAGCCAGGACACCUAGGUAAUGAGGACCUCUUCACCCGCAGAGUCUAAGAGAAGAGCUGGGGGUGCCGUGGACCUGCUAAGGCUCUUCCCGCGGAGGGAAAGGGAGCGAACGUUUAUCGAACGUCUGCCGUGUGCUCCGCACUUCCCGAAGGCUGCGAUGUUUCAUCCUUACAGCGACCCCAUAAAAAUAUAUGUAAAAUUACAUCGCAAUAGCCCAAUCCUUGUCUGUAUGGAUUUUAAACGCGCUGAAAAAGAAACAGUGGACCCCACCUACUUAUGGAUUGGGCCUAAUGAAAAGCAGUUAACAGGAAAUUACCGAAUAAAUAUAACUGAAACAGGAAAGCUGAUGGUAAAAGAUUUUCUGGAGCCUUUGUCUGGACUUUACACAUGUACUCUUUCUUAUAAGACUGUCAGAGCAGAAACCCAAGAAGAAAAGAUGGUAAAGCAGAGAUAUGACUUUAUGAUCUUUGCCUAUCGGGAACCUGAUUAUUCAUAUCAGAUGGCUGUACGUUUUACCACAAAGUCUUGUAUAGGAAGAUACAAUGACCUGCUUUUUAGAGUGCUGAAGAAAAUCUUGGAUAAUUUAAUCUCUGAUUUGUCGUGCCAUGUCAUAGAACCAUCAUAUAAAUGCCAUGUUGUUAAAGUUCCCAAGAAUGGCCUCAUUCCUGAGCUAUUUAUAGCCUUUCAAGUUAAUCCUUUUGCACCAGGGUGGAGAGGUGCCUGUAAGGAUUCCAUCGACUGUGAAGAUAUCACUAAUCAUAAUAUCCUCCAGGCAAGAGAUCGGAUAGAAGAAUUUUUCCGGAGCCAAGCCUAUAUUUUCUACCACGACUUUAACAAAACUCUACCAGCCAUGCAUUUUGUGGACCACAGUUUUCAAGUGAUACGUUUGGAUAGCUGUCGUCCAGGCUUUGGAAAAAAUGAAGGUCUACACAGUAAUUGUGCUAGCUGUUGUGUGGUUUGUAGUCCUGGAACUUUUAGUCCUGAUGUUGAUGUUACUUGUCAGACCUGCAUUUCCGUCCAUAUCUAUGGAGCUAAAUCUUGCCCAUAAACUUCAAACAAAAAUUGCAAUAUGAAGACUAGAGGUGAAAGCAUUGUUACUUGCUUGUGGGGGUGGGGAGAUAAGAUGAUUUAUUUACAUCCCAGAGCAUCAUAGAUAGUUUCAUUAAGUAAGAUCGGUAAGACCAAGACAUUGGAAAACAUACAAUUUAGAAACUUUAAAAAGAUUGUUGACAUGGCAUUUCUAAGAAGGCAUUUAAUCUAAUAUCUCCAGUGUACAAAGGAAAGUGUAAGUAUUAGUGGGUGAUUUUUAAUGAAAUAUGUUUUGUUGUUUACAAAUUAAGUCUGUUGCUCUGUACCUAAGACUGUAUUAAGGUCAACAAAAGUAGAAAGUAUAAUGUAAUAAAAACUUUAUACUUUCCAUA